AUGACUCUCAGUGUGGGAAUUGACUUGGGGCAAGCAAAAAGAAAACCACGCAUCAUAAAGCUCAUUCAGGCCACAGACGACAUUGAUGACGAGAUCACAGAGGCUGUAGAGUGGAUAAGAGAAAAAGAGGCAGAGAGCCGCAAAAGAGAACAGGAGGAGCGCGACCGCAAAAAGCAGGCCGACGAAGAGGCGAGACAAGAGCGCGAGAGUAAAAAGCGGGCCGAUGAGAUAGCGCUGCGCAACACCGAGCUUGAAAUGAAAAGACUAGAAAGCGCGUCUUCCAAUGCGACGGGAGUGAUCGCGGAACCGGCGGAGAAGUUGAAGAUGAAGGAUCUGCUUCAGCCUUAUAAGCUGGGGGAAGACAUCGGGCUGUUUCUGGUAAAUUUCGAGAGAACAUGCGAGAAGAUGAAAUUCCAGCGCGAAACAUGGUCCCAGAAGUUGUUAACACUUCUCCCUUGCGAGGCAGCAGAUGUGAUUGCUCGGUUGAGCAAGGAGGAGGCGGACGACUAUGUAAAAGUUAAGGCCGCUCUUCUUAAGAAAUACCGCCUGUCCACUGAGGCCUUUCGCCAACGCUUCCGUCACGCCACGAGGAAGCCUACCCAGUCAUGGCCAGAGUUUGCGUAUAACUUAAAGGCAGAUUUGGUAGAGUGGCUGAAAAGAGCCGGCGCACAUGGCGACCACGACAAGGUGCUCGAGUGUGUUGCCACUGAACAGCUAUUUACGGAGCUUUCGGAGCCAGCCAAGUUCUGGGUUCAGGACAGACUGACCGAGGUAGACCUCCUAAAGGCCCCAGAGCUCGCAGAAGAGUACGCGAUGAGAAGGGGUCAAAAGCGGGACCCUACAGACAGGCCGAAAGGGGAGAACCGAAACGGGAACGCUUUCUCGUCACAGAAAAACGGGACGAGGCCCCCCCUCGUCCCGUUUUUCUGUGACGAGAAAGCGUUCCCGUUUCGUUGCGGGCAGCCCGGACAUUUCGCGGCCAGCUGCACUAAGAAAGUUGCGUUCCAUUACGUCAGAGAAAAUGAGGACAACGAGAAGUUGUUAGAGCCCUACACGCGGGAGAUGGUCGUCAAUGGUCAGAAGUGCAGAGUACUUCGGGAUUCGGCCGCGACAAUGGAUGUCGUACAUCCCUCGUACGUGCGGUCAGGGGACUACACUGGAGACUGCGCUUGGAUUCGACAAGCAGUAGAGGAGCAAAGCGUGUGCUUGCCCAUUGCUAAAAUCAUGAUCUCAGGACCUUUCGGAAUCCUCGAGACUGAGGCGGCGAGCGGGGGUGCUGUACCGGCAGUACAGAGACCGAAAGGGGAAGGCGUUUGA